UCCYCCUGUGUGGAAAUUUUUGCCAGGUAAUUUGACAAACACAUUGAAGGAGUCUCUAGUUAGAAAGCGGGCGAGGAGAAGAGGAAAAAGAAGAUUCAGAGAUUUGUCCUAAAAAGCGUGAACGAUUUCGCAACUAUUAUUGUAAAAUCUCCGAAGAUAAAUUCAAGAUGGUUUGUAGAUAUUUUGGUGUGGUUUUCGUUCUAUUUUUCAUGAUGACUUCGGUCAAUGCCAAAGAUAACUCGUCAGUUGCUGUUACUCCAAGCCCAGUAAUUGCUCUAAAUUCAACUAUAGCAGCAAACAUGACGGCAGCACCAAGUCCAGUAAUCAUAAGUACCUCAUCUGCACCCACCUCAGCAUCAAUCAGAGACACGUCUUCCAUUUCUCCUACUUCAACGUCAACAUCUCAUGUUAUUCCUGCUACGUCUCCCACACCUACACCACCAUCUACGACAGCACCAACCAAGAAACCCAACCCUCACGAAAAACCCACAAAAGGAAGGUCUUUUGAUUCAGCAUCAUUUUUUGGAGGGAUUAUUCUUGGGGUCAUCCUCGCUAUUGCCAGUUUUGUGGGCUACACUUUUUGGCAGAACAAGAGAAAAAGCUAUCAUAGUUUGUAAUGUAAAAUAAUGUUAAAUAAAACCAAAUUGUAGAGUUCCAGAAUAAACAUCCAUAUCUUUGUGAAAUUGGUUUCUCACUGCCACCAGUCAAGAACAUAAAAGUUAUUGACUUAAUAUUUUUUCAAUUGACGGCAGCGAAAAAUCAAAUUUCAGCAUCUAGCUUGCACCUACUGAAUCUUUCAUAGUUGGAGGAGUAAUAUCAAGCACUUGAAAUAAUGUUGCAUCCUCUAUCAAAACAUGUUAUUAAAGUCGGUUAGAAAAAUGCAGCUUUGCUUCAUUUUUUUGACUCACCUUUCUGUGCAUGGGAAUCGGAUGAAACACUCUUUUCCUUGCUUGAUAUAUUACAUCCUCCUCUGUAGGUAAGGUGUGGAUGUUUUCUAGAACUGCACAACAGUUACUGUAAAUCAGAUUGCUGGCAUGCAUUUGGGAUAUGUGUAGCUAAGGUCAUAGGAAGUUAUAGUUGAUAUAAUGCAGAAAACAAAUGCUGAUCUCAAGAAAAGACAAAGAGAUUGAGUUCUCUUGGAAUCUUCUAUUUAUUGCAUGAGCAAAUUUUAAAGCUGUAGGAGUAUUUUUGAAGCUUAAACAACUACUUCCUAAAUCUGCUUUAAACUUGCUUUUUCAUAACUAAGCAUUCCGCAUGAUUAAUUCUAGCGAUGGGCAACACAUCAAAGUAGACAGAUAACGAUUCUCACAGAUCUAACUUUAAGUUUAUUGUAAAAAUUGGAUUGGUGCAAUGCUUUAUUCAUUUCUUUAUAUUAUUUUAAUUAUGCAAACUUUAUUGUACAAGGCAAGCUUAAAUCACUAAUAAAAAAUCAUUAAUUGGGCA